AUGUUCAAGAAGAAGCCAACCAUCAAGCCGCUGGCUCCAGUACGAAGCUCGGAUCGACGCAAGCUCGCAGACCAGAUCAUCAGCGAAUAUGGCCUUGAAAAAGUUACCGGCCCAGAAAACAGCGAACAGACUCCAGAACAGAAGGCUGAAGCUGCCGCGACGCGAACCAGCUUACGAAACUCCUUGCUACCCGACAAUGCUCAAUCAGCGCGAUUCACUACGACUUACGGUCCUGAAUUGAAACAGGCUUCGGGAACAGUCUACUUAGGCUCACAAGACGGAGAAGAGCCCAGGAUAUUGUGGUUCGACAUUGACAAGCGUAUACUGCCGUCGGUCUACACGCUAUGGCGGAAUCCCGACAUUGUCCCAUUGCUGCACACACCGGACAUCGUCAUAAAGAAGAUGCAAGGAGGCGCAGACCUGAUGACUCCCGGACUUGCUGCUGGCCCUCCAUUUCCAUCGCGGGCGAAGAAAGGAGCUAUUGUUGCAAUAGCCGGGAUAGAUCGACCCUCAGUGCCAAUCGCUGUAGGUAUUUGCGAGAUCGAUGUUGGUGCACUCGAGCAGGUGCGAGGAGCAAAAGGACACGCGGUCGAAAACAUGCACUGGCAAGGAGACGAGCUUUGGAACUACAGCACAGCUACCAAGCCUGGACAGCAGCCGCCGCAAGAGAUUGAGGGAUGGUCAAAAGUGCUAGAAGAGCGAGGACUGAUAGACAAAGUGCAAAAUCUUGCACUUGAAGAGCAGGAAGAUGGAGGUGGGGUUUCGCUAGGGAAAAAUGGUGGUGGAGGAGCUGUUACGGGCGAGGUGCAAGCUGAAGCCAACAAACCAACUGAGAAUAUGAAUGCGCUGGUAGAGACUGUUGAGGCCAAAGAGCUCACUCCGAAGGAGAUCGACGAUGCAUUCCGAAAUGCAUUCCUGUAUGGUGUACACCACUUCAAGACCACCAACCCCGACGCCAAGAACCACGGACUAGUAUUUCCUCUACAGCAGUCAUCAGUGAUGGCAACUUUGGUCCAGCCAUUUCUACCCGCAUACUCGCCCGAACAAGCGCAGCAAUUACAGAUCAAGAAGACCUCGUGGAAAAACAUCAAAAAGUUCGUCAAGAGUCUCGACAAGGAGAAGAUCAUCAAAACCAAAGAUCGAGACGGAAAUGAAGUUGUCGUACAAGACAUUGAUUUCGACGAUGCUGCCAUCAUCAACUUCAAGCCUUACCGCCUGCCAAAGAAAGAAACAGCAGGCGGCACCUCUACAGGACGAGGCGACCUCGCCACCGAGAAGAUUGACACUGGUGACGAAUCAGUCGGCCAAAAGCUCCAAGUCAUAACAUCCUACCGACCAACCUCCAAACUCCAGCCCGUCUUCGACGCAGCAAAAGGCAUCAAGACCCUUUACGCCCCACUCGAAGUCCGCGAACUCAUAACAGCCUACAUCGAAAGCGAAAACCUCAUCUCAGAAACCAACAAACGCCUGAUAAAACUCAACCCUAUCCUCGCCAACUCCGUCUUCGACGGCUCCGGGCCCCUCGAUAAAGAAGUCCUAGCCAAAGGCUCCGUGCCUCGAGACGCCCUAAUCGACCGCAUCCUCCAUAGCAUGUCAACAUCCUAUUCCAUAAUCCGCAACAACGCCGACCCAUCCACCAUAAAACCUAAAUCCGGCACGCCUCCAAAGAUCCACAUUACCCUCGAAACCAGAAGUGGGAAUAAAACGGUGACAAAAGUGUCUGGGUUGGAAAACUAUUAUGUUCAGCCGAAAGUUUUGGCGGAUGAGUUGAAGAAAGUUUGUGCGGGAAGUACGUCUGUGGAGGCUCUUGCGGGCGCGGCGAAGAAGAAUGAGAGGGAGGUUAUGGAGGUUAUGAUCCAGGGGCCGCAGAAGGAUGCGGUUGUUAAGGCUUUGGAGAAGAGAGGGGUUGAUAGGAGGUGGGUUGAGGUGGUGGAUAAGACGAAGGGGAAGAAGAAGUGAUGAUGCUGAUGAUCACAGUGUUUUGGGAGCAUGAUAUUAGCCCUUUCGAGCCGGUGGUAGUUCACACCACUGGAAGUAAGCGAUAUCAAGAACCUGAAGCCCUUCUUCACAGUUCAUGAAUUCCUACUCUUCCUC